CGGCCGGUUCGCGACACCCCUAAUCACCACCCUGUAAAUCACUGACGUCACCGUUAUAGGACGAUAGUUGUUUAUGUCCGCUUUGUCCCCCUUUCGUUUAUAUAUCAUGCUCAUCCUGCUUAGUCUCCAUUCAUCGGGGGCUUUCCCAUCCGUUACCAUUUUAUUCACUGCCUCUCUUAAUGCUUGCUUAGAUUUUGGGCCCAAGUUCUUGAUUAACAUAAUGGGAAUACCGUCAGGGCCUGUCGAGGUGCUACAGAAGAAGCAACUAGCGGCCCUAGCGGAGUGCAGCGCAAGUAAACCUUAUCACUUGAUUUAAAAGUUGCGGUUUAUCAUCCGUUAUCGCUCCUUGCCAGUUUCGCUCCGUCACUGAUCAUCUCCGUGUUUGCUCGGCUCGACUGUAACCUCACUUCCUGCUCAGUCUCGGUUUUGUCCGUUCCACCGUCGCCACAAAGUGUUCUGCGCUGCCGGCCGUUGUGAUAUCGUCGACGGUACCUCGUUUGCGACGGUACCCCAUCCCAGUGAAACUGCCGUGCACUCCGUGUCCCUGUGCCGCGGGCCGUCGCAGGGCUUUGUCCGCGCACCUGCAUCCUCCAAGGUAAUGCCGGACAGCUCGAUCGCCUGGCGCGAUGAACGCCCGAAAGAAAAAAUCGAAACUGAGGUCCUUGGGGUACAGCGCUGCAGCCUCCAGCCUGAUCCACGUCCGAACCCACGGUCCAACCGAUCUGUUGGCAGACGCACACGCCAUGUCCUCCAUCCCGUACACGAUGCACUCUGCCGUCCAGCUCCACAGGAGGCUGGCGGAGGACCAGCCCAAGGACGUCAACGUCAUCUUCGAACCCCCCACGAGCACGGUGGAGACGACCCUGGCCAAGUACAACCCGAAGCUGAUGAACAGCAUCUGGGGGCUGUACAACCGCUACGCACCCCACUCCUUCCAGAAGAACUGCGAGAUUGCCGGCUGCCCAGUGUCCGGCCUCGCCGACGCCCGGGAGAAGUCCUUUGGACUGUCCCCCUGGAAUCGGUUGCACUGAGCUUGCUCGGUGUCUUUGGCAACGGACACCCUCGGAUGGUCACAACGGGAAGACGACAAACGCCUGGAAACUACGGACAAUAUACGGACGGGAAGAGUCGUAGGUUGUAGCAUAUCAUUUUAAUGGGCUGAGGAUCGCAAUAAAGACUACCUAGUCCUUGGA